AUGGCGCACAAACGCGCAUUAGAAGCACUUGACAGAAUAUUGAAAGAUCUUCGCAAUGACUCGAGAUGUUUUGGAGGCGCAAUGAUUUUACUGUCUGGCGAUUUUCGCCAAACACUCCCAGUCAUUCCAAAAUCGACUGCUGUCGACGAAAUAAAUGCUUGCCUUAAAUCAUCAAAUCUUUGGCGCUAUGUGAAGAAACUUCAGCUGGUAACAAACAUGAGAGUUGCAUUGGUAAACGAUGCAUCUGCUGAAGAGUUCUCCAAGCAAUUGCUGUUAAUCGGUAAUGGCCGUGUAGCUGUUGAAGAAUCGAGCGGAUUAAUUGCAUUUCCUUCAAAUUUUUGCAAUUUCGUCUCAUCAAAAGACGAACUCAUCCAUGAAGUAUUUCCGAACAUCAUUGAUAAUCAUAAAAACAAAAAAUGGUUGAGUGAGCGAGCAAUUUUGGCAGCUAAGAACAGAGAUGUGAAUGACUUAAACUUUGUAAUUCAAAAUCAAAUCGUUGGUACUCUGCAUACAUUUAAAUCUAUUGACUGUGUAACAAACGAAGAAGAAGCUACCAACUAUCCAACUGAAUUUUUGAACUCCUUGGAUGUGCCUGGCUUACCAUCGCACAAUUUACAAUUAAAGAUUGGUUCGGUAGUCAUUAUGCUUCGAAAUCUAAACCAACCAAAACUAUGCAAUGGAACGCGUUUAGUGAUAACAAAAGUGAUGGCCAAUGUGAUUCACGCAAUGAUACUCAAAGGAAAAUUCAAAAGUGAUGAAGUUCUCAUUCCGAGGAUUCCAAUGAUCUCAAUCGAUAUGCCCUUUGAGUUUAAACGAAUUCAAUUUCCUAUUCGGCUUGCAUUCGCUAUGACUAUAAAUAAAUCACAAGGCCAAUCCUUAAGUGUUUGUGGUCUGAAUCUAGAAAAUGCAUGGUUUUCUCAUGGUCAAUUGUACGUGGCAUGUUCACGACCACAAAUACAACAAAGAAAUAUCCAAUAUAGUCACCCAUUCUAUCCACAAUUGGCGCAUAUGCCACAAUAUCAACAACCAUUUAGACCCCAAGUACAUCACCCACAAUAUUAUUUUAACCAGGGUAUAAGACCACAGCAAAUGUAUCAGGAAAAUCCAUACAGUAAUCACCUACCAAGACCCAUAAUACCAAAAUCGAUUUCAAAACCAGAACCUAUGGAUAUAGAUCCCAGUUUGAGAACAAAUAUGGACAUAAAAUAUUUUCCCUCGAUUGAUCAUGAACUUGUUCAGUCCGACUAUAAUGAAAAUAACACGUUCGAUAAUGAACAACAGGAUUGCAUGGUUAAUUAUGAAACAAUGAAUAUUGCAGAUAUUCAUUUUUUAGAUUAA